AAGAUGGCGGCGGUGGCGGCUCCUACGGCUCCAUCUCCGCCUCCCCCGCCCCCGUCGGGCCCGUGCUGCCCCGGCUCGUGGCCGAACUUCGCCGUGGUCUGCUCCUUCCUGGAGCGCUACGGGGCGCUGCUGGACCUGCCCGAGCUGCCCUUCCCCGAGCUGGAGCGCGUCCUGCAGCCGCCGCAGGAGCCCGGGGACCAGGUUCCAAAAGAGUUGGUAGAACUUCACUUGAAACUGAUGAGGAAGAUUGGGAAGUCUGUCACAGCAGACAGAUGGGAAAAAUACUUGAUCAAGAUAUGCCAAGAGUUCAACAGUACUUGGGCAUGGGAGAUGGAGAAGAAAGGAUACCUGGAAACGAGUGUUGAAUGCAAAUUGGGAAUUCUGAAGUACCUCUGUGAGUGUCAGUUUGAUGACAAUCUAAAAUUUAAGAAUAUCAUUAAUGAAGAGGAUGCUGAUGCUAUGCGUCUCCAGCCAAUUGGUCGAGACAAGGAUGGUCUAAUGUAUUGGUACCAGCUGGAUCAAGAACAUAAUGUGAGAAUGUACGUAGAAGAACAGGAUGACCAGGAUGGGUCUUCUUGGAAAUGCAUUGUCAGAAACCGAAAUGAGCUAGCUGAGACGCUUGAGCUUUUGAAAGCACAAAUCGAUCCUGCACUGUUGAAAAAGAACAACCAGCAGGACAGCUCAUCACGUGAAAGCCCUAGCAUAGAAGAUGAAGAUAGCAAAAAGGAGGAAGAAAUAUCUCCACCAGGAAAUGAAUUAAAAAUAAAAGAAGAAGAGGAGAACAUGGAGGAACAGUCAAAGGAAUUGGAAAGCCUUCCUCCACCUACAGUUCCAGCAGAUGAAAACAUGAUGAAAAUGGAGAAGGUGGAAGAAAAGGAAAUUAUAAAACUGCCAGUCAUAGUAAAGUUAGAAAAACCUUCAGAAAACAGUGAGGAAAAGCAGAUUACCAAAGAAGAAAAUGAUUCCUUUAAAGAAAAUGUCAAGCCUGUUAAAGCAGAAGUGAAGGAAAAUAAAGUAGAACCAAAAGAUUUAAAAGAAGUAAAAAGCAGCACAGAUAAAAUAACAGUACAUGAGCCUGAGAGAUUAGAGUUUUGUGUCAAUGUCAAAACCCCUCAAGAAGUUGUGGAGAAAUCUGCAGAAGAAAGUGAGAAACUUAAAAAUGACCAGCAGGCAAAGAUACCACUGAAAAAGCGAGAGAUCAAGCUGACAGAUGACUAUGACAGUCCAAUAAAGGGGUCCUUGUGUAAAUGUGUUACUCCAACAAAGGAUGUCUUGAAAGAGGAAGGAAAACCAGAGGAGGAGGGUUUUAGACGAGUCCCUACAAUCACUGCUUUAUGUCCUGAUGGGAAAUUGCUAGUAAAUGGAGAGGUUAGCAGUGAAAAAGUCGCCCAAAAUGUCACCCAAAAUAAUAAGUCAGAACAUUCCAUUAGCACAAAGGAAGACAGCAGCAGCUCAUCGAAGGAGAAAAAUUGCAUAAGUGGGGGGAAAAUAUCAGACUCUUUAAACUCUGUUAGCAAAAUUGUGAAAACAUGUGAAGAUGAGAAAAAUGUGCCUACCAACAAAGAGGUAGCUGCUACGGUCUCUGAGGUUUCUAAUCAGAAAGUGCCUUUAAAGGAGGAAUCUAGUCUUAUGGAAAAUGAGUCCCUCGACAGUAUGACUUCUGAGGUGGCAAUGGAGGACUCGUGGAAAGCAGGAUACUGCCCCAAGAAACCUGAAGAGAAAUUAGCUUUGAAAACCAGGAAGGACAGACGACCACCACUCAAAGAAUGUUUAGAAAAGCUGGAAAAGUCCAUGAAGACAUCCACUCCUAAGGAGCCACCCAAGCUUGAUCUAACAGAUGAAGAGGGUUUGAAAAGUAAUAAUGAACUGGAGAAGAAAUCUGACUCUCCAAAAGCAGGUGAAACACCUCCAUCGUCUAUUCCUCCUGUUCCUUCCGAGAAAUCUGCUUUAGAAAAAGAGGGCUCAGAUUCCAAAAACAUACUUCCUGAUGAAAGCAAAGUUCCGGAAGGAUCAGAUUCAGAAAAACAAAAGGAGGAAUUUGAAGCUCCCCAGACAGAACCAGAUAAACAAGAUAAUGCCCAAACCUCUAAUAUAGAGGAGUCUUCAGAGACUAAAAAGGAAUCUGCAGUACAAAAAAGCAAAUUUAAAUAUAAACUGGUUUCUGAAGAGAACAUCUGUGUAACAGAUAACAAGGAAAUAACCUCCGAGAGGCAGAAGGAAGGGAUCAAGUUAACCAUCAGGAUCUCCAGUAGAAAGAAAAAGCCUGAUCCACCUCCAAAGACUCAGGACACCGAGCAGAAGGAAGAGGAGGAAGUCAAUGUUGGUCGCACUUUAAGGAGGUCUCCAAGAAUAUCUAAACCUACUCCAAAAGUGGUGGAGACUCGGGAUCAGAAAACUGACAAAAAACGAGGUGAAGAAGAGGAGGAGAAACUGGCAGUGCUGCAAAAGCAAGACCGAAGAGAGGAUGUGAAAAAACAAGAGAAGGAGUCCAAUUCUAAAGUGAGCAAGGUCACACCGAGAAACAAAGUGCGGUGGACAGGAACUCGAACACGUGGCAGGUGGAGAUAUUCAAGUAAUGAAGACAGCGAGGAGUCUGAGACCGAAGAAAACUCUGAGGAGGAAUCUGAGGGGGGAGAGGAAGAAGAGGAACCUGCACCUGCUGAUGAUGAUGAACCAUGCAAGAAGUGUGGCCUUCCCAAUCACCCUGAGCUAAUUCUGUUGUGUGACUCUUGUGACAGUGGAUACCACACAGCCUGCCUUCGACCCCCAUUGAUGAUAAUCCCAGAUGGAGAGUGGUUCUGCCCACCUUGCCAACAUAAAUUACUCUGUGAGAAGUUAGAAGAACAAUUGCAAGAUCUGGAUGUUGUCUUGAAAAAGAAGGAGCGGGCAGAGCGAAGGAAAGAGCGAUUGGUGUAUGUGGGUAUCAGUAUUGAGAACAUCAUCCCACCACAAGAGCCAGAAAUACCAGAAAGUCAGGAAGAAAAGAAGAAAGAUUCCAAAAAGUCAAAAUCAAAACGGCUUGAAAGGAGGUCUACAAGAACACGGAAAUGCAUAAGUUACAGAUUUGAUGAAUUUGAUGAGGCAAUUGAUGAAGCAAUAGAAGAUGAUAUCAAGGAGGCCGAUGGAGGAGGUGGUGGCAGAGGCAAAGACAUGUCUAAUAUCACAGGUCACCGGGGAAAAGACAUUUCCACCAUCCUAGAGGAAGAAAGGAAAGAAAAUAAGCGGCCACAAAGGGCCGCUGCAGCACGUCGCAAGAAACGACGGCGACUGAACGACCUCGAUAGUGAUAGUAACCUGGAUGAGGAAGAGAGUGAGGAUGAGUUCAGGAUCAGCGAUGGAUCUCAGGACGAGUUUGUUGUAUCAGAGGAAAACCCAGAUGAAAGUGAAGAUGAUCAGCUGUCAAACGAAGACAGUGAUACAGAGUUCUGUGCCCGUAGACCCAGGCGACACCACUCCAGGCCAAUGAGACAAAGCAGGCGGUUACGAAGAAAAACAGUCAAGAAAAAAUAUUCAGAGGAUGAUGAAGAGGAAGACUCUGAGGACAAUUUAAGUAGGGAGUCUGAAAGUGGUGAUUACACAGAUUACAGUGAUGAUGAUUACCUGGAAACUAGGCGGAGAAGAUCAAGGCGGAAUCAGAAGAGACAAGUUAACUAUAAGGAGGAUUCAGAAAGCGAUGGCUCACAGAAAAGUGUUCGAUACGGAAAGGAGCUAAGACGACUUCAUAAACGCAGGCUUCCCAGUUCAGACAGUGAAGAGAGCUACAUGUCCAAGAACUCUGAAGAUGAUGAACCAGCAAAGGAAUCAAAGCAGUCUAUUCGAAAACGUAGCCGAAGUACAGACGAAUACUCAGAAGAAGAAGAAGAGGAUGGGGACGAACCAGAGGAGGGGAGACCUGUCCGCAAACGGCUGAAUCGAAUUGAAACAGAUGAUGAAGAUAACUGCGACAAUGCGAACAAAGAUGCAGAAAAGCCUGCACCUGCAAAUAAGCCGUCAGCACCUCAUGCUCCUCAUGACAGCACCAAGAAGCCCUGCUACCGGAUAGAAAGUGAUGAUGAAGAUGACUUUGAUAAUGUAGGGAAAGUAGAAAGCCCGUUGGACUACAGCCUAGUGGACUUGCCUUCCACCAAUGGACAGAGCCCAGGUAAAACUAUUGAAACCUUGAUUGGCAAACCAAGUGAGAAGACUCAAGCCCCCAAGGACAGCACAGCCAAUGCCAACCUGGCACCCAAUGGGACGGGGGGUGGGCAGGAGGUGGUAGGGCCAGAGGAAGAGGAGGAUGAACUUUUGAGAGUGACUGACCUUGUUGAUUACGUCUGUAACAGUGAACAGUUAUAAGACUUUCUUCCAUUUUUGUGCUAAUUUAUUCCACGGUAGCGCAUACCAGCGGGCCAGUUAUUAAAAGCUGUUUUAUUUUUCCUAGAAGACUGUCCACUACAGUAUCACUUUUUAGAAGCAAGAAUUUCACCAGUUCUGCAGUCUUUCUGUGAAGUGACCAGUUUUGAACUUUGAAGAUAAAUUGCUGUAAAUUCCCUCUUAAUUUUUUUCUCUCCUUCCAAGUCCAUGGUCCUGGGUAAUUUCAUUCACAAAAACCUUAUAACAACAAGAGAUUUGUAUAUUUUUGACUUUAUAUUUCCUGAAAGCAUACAAAUUUGUUGAAAUGUGUGGCCUAUGAAAGCAUUCCAAAUCAGUCAGGGCCCAAAACGUAACUGGGGCAGGGGGCAGUGGGAGGCGGGAAUGGGGGCGUGUGUGCAGAAGCACUUGUGCUUUAGCUUUUUCAUAUGAGAUAUAUAUUAUAUUUAAAUGUUCACAACUUAGAUGACAAUUUAACAGACAGUUUAAAAAUUAAUGUCUCUACUGUUGCAUUUUGUGAGUUGUAGGUUAACAUACAUAGCUCAUUUUAGUAACCACCUUCAUGAAAGCAGCUUGAUUUAAGAUUGGAGAUAACCACAGUAAAUAAAGAGGCCAAGAAAGUACAAUAAACAAGAACUCUAGUAUCCAUUUUGACUUGCAGAUUUUCCUGAUAAACAUCCUUUAAAGUGUUUGUACAGUAAAGUGUACUGUAAUGAAGUUUUGACGGUCGAAACAUGCUAGCAAUGAAUUUAUAAAACAGUUUUUCCAUGCAUAUUUCAUCAGAUGGCCUUUAAUGUACAGUAUCUGGUGGGAGGGAAUCUGUGUGAAGUUAGUUUGUAAAUGGGAUGAUACCAUGUGAGUGCUGUAAACUUUUACAGAUGCCAGAACCACUGUAUAAAGUAACUGCCUCGCCAUUUGAGUUUUAAACCAUCUAUCAGAGUAUUUUGAAAGGAAUACGUUUGUACAUACUGCAUUGACCACCGGAUUACAGCACAUCUGAUGAUGGAGGGAUUUUCAAAUAAACCUUGACUGGUCCAUUCAUGCCCCUAAUAUCUACUUCAAAUUGAAGUAAACAAAUGGAGCAGUUUUCCUUUUGGAGGUUUUCUGUUUUGGAUUUGUGUGUUUGUUUUGAUUUACUUAUCUGCCUGGAUGUACUAGCAGGUUUUGAAUGUAGUGUUGGCCUUUGGCCAUUAGAAUUUUCUUAAAAUACAUUUUAAUAGUUGUCAUGUGACCAACUGAUUUCAAGAAGGCAGUAUUUCUGGGAGAAAAUGCUUGACUCCAAGACAAUAUCUCAUCACUUUGAGUGGCAUGUACUUUAGCUCAAGUAUACAGAUUUUUUUUUAACAGUUUAUUUGGCACAUAAUAGACAGCGAAGCUGAAGUUUGUUUUGGAUAGCACUCAGUUUUCUCUUGGCUCUUAAUUAAGAUGCAGGCUGUAAAGUUUAUACAUGUUGUAGCCCACAGCUAAAACAUAGCUGCCAAAUGUUGAAAUCUGAUAAGGUCACAUCUAUUAAACCUUUUGCGCUGAGAUUUGGA